AUGCCGCAGGUCGAGGUCGAGGUCGAGACCGACGGCAGCCCUUUGCUCCCGGAGCCCGAGACCGAGAUCCAGCCUCUGAUCGCACCAGAGCCUCCGACAAAGUUGGCUGUGAGGGAAAUUUGCAACGACUGGAGAACAAACCAUGCUGCGAACUUCGGCCGAGACGAAUGGACCAGGCUGCGCUAUAACUGGCUCCAGACACUUGCUCGAAUGCCGGACAUCCAGCAAUCUCGAUUCAAGACCCUCCUCCAGCUAUUUCCAAAGCGCGGGUAUGGCGCAUUAACUCACACCGAGCUCGGCGACCUGCUACUGCGUCAUUGGGAAAGCGCCGGGAUGUUGAACAAGCGACGGAGCACCAGUAGAAUCUGGAAAAAGCUCAGGGGCGAGGACGACACAGAAGCUAUGGCUGCUCUAGCUUAUGCAAUCAACGCAACACACAAUCCGAAGCGGUGUACAGCCAUCUUUUGGAGCUUUUGGGACUUCGUGCACCUACGAGUUGGCAUGAAGACAGUCAUCAAGCAAAUGCUGUCGCUUUCGAAAACCCGGAAACCCAGUGUUGGGUUUCUGAAGAGGCUGGCCUGGACAUCAGGGGAUUAUCGUGCUGCACUCUUGCUGCACGACAUACUCGUCGAGCAAACUGGUAAAGACACCAACGCUUGGGGCCCGGCCUUCUGGGAGAAGUAUGUGACGCAAAACAUGAGAAGGCUGAAAAGCAGUCUCGUCAAUCCCGUGGUCCUUGUUGAGAAAUUGUUAAGCUCGGCUCAGCCAGCAGAGGCAGUCUGCCAAGCGACCGGUGGCGAGCCACAGGAUAGUGGCAAAGAGUCAUACUUGAAGUAUCGCCAGAUCAUGAGGAUCAGAGAGAGCAUCAAGAUCAUUGCUCGUGCCUCUGCUUUAACAGAAAGGCAGAGAUUCCGCCACACAUCGGCUUUCACGAAAUACUUGGCCAAUGUUCAAGGAUUUUUAACAGCUCGGGAUUUGGCAAGCCUUACAGAUGUUGUCACGGAAGCUCUAAAGCAAGGCGAGGGUGGUAGUACGCAAAGACUGCGAUGGUACUUGGGGGUCGUCUUCGAGCAGCUAGGCGAGGAGGCUUGCGUAAAAGUCGGGUUGAUCUUGAAACGCCGCCGCGAAUGGAAUGGGCGGCAACUGGCCGAUAUGUUGACUCCUGAAGAAACGGUGGUGGAGCAACAAACUGCAUCGGACCUCCAUCGAAAGCACUACGAAGGCCCACAUCACGGCAGAACUUGGCCCUUGUGGAGGUACUUUCUCUCCAAGAACCGGCGGAGAGGCAAGUUGCGCAGGGCUAGGAAGAAGGCAAACUCGCGAGUCUAUCAGCUACAGAUCCCUGACGAGCGACCUCAUGAGACAUCAAACUGCCAGGUUCAGAGGGAGACUGAGGCCCAACCUUCGCUCGAGGGUGAUCCUUUCGGUGGGCUUUGUGAAGGUGCACACCGACAGGAGAUUGACCCUCGAACCUCUUUCUAG